GCCGCUGCUCGGCCGCCAAGAGCGUAAGACAAGCAGCCCCCCCCGGGGAGGGCGGAGGGUGAGGAGGUGACGGGCCGCUCUCGCGUCCUCCCCGGUCGAGGCGGAGAUGCUGGAAGCAGGGGCAGUCCCGGCCUUUUCCGCAUCCCCCCCCCCCCCCCGCCGCUGGGACUCUUACUGCAGCGGGGAGUCCGGAGCCGGGCUGCCCCGCAGACCUCGCCCCACCGCGGGAGAGGGACCGGCCCGCCCGGCGAGCGAGCUCGGUCCCAGCUCCGUGCCUGUCCCGGUCCCCGCUCGCUCUCCUCCUCGCCGUCGGUGCCGGCCCUGUGCCCCGGGAUGCCUCCCAACCUCACCGGCUAUUACCGCUUCGUCUCCCAGGAGAACAUGGACAAUUACCUGCGCGCUUUAGAUAUCAACAUGGUCCUGCGAAAACUGGUUUGCCUCCUGAAGCCCGAUAAAGAGAUCAUCCACACGGGAGAUCACAUGGUCAUCCGCACGAUCACCUCCCUGCGGGACUACGUGAUGGAUUUUGACCUGGGAGUCCAGUUUGAGGAAGACCUGGGACCCGUGGAUGGACGCAAGUGCCAGACAACUGUCUUCUGGGAGGGGGAUCAGCUGGUGUGUGAGCAGCUAGGAGAGAAGAGGAACCGAGGCUGGAGGCACUGGCUGGAGGGGGACCAGCUGCAUCUGCGCAUGACCGCUGAAGACGAGGUGUGUGUCCAGGUUUUCCAGAAAGUGAAGUGAGCGCUCCCCCCGCCCCGCCGCUCCGGACAGGACCCUCGCUCCCCAGUGUACACUGCCCCGGAUUGAAAAAAAGAAACAAGACCCGAGGGAACCAAGCCCCCCCCCCUCUCCC